AUGACAACCGAUAUAUCAUUAUUUUGUAGAUUAUGUGCAGAAUUGUAUCCAAAAAAUACAUUAAUUAAAAUAAAUAGUGGAGAAUUUCUAAAUUUAAAUUUAGCUGAAAAAAUCUAUCAGUAUUUUAUUAUAAACAUCACUGAUCAUGACAUAUUACCAAGAGAUAUUUGUAGUCAUUGUUUUAAAAAAGUAUUGGAAACUUAUGAAUUUCAUCAACGCAUACAAAGAGCACAAGGUAUUCUACAAACGAAAAUUGAGAUAAAACAUGAGCAAAUCACUGAACAAUAUGAUAUUAAAUCCGAAGAAGAUCCAGCAUCUUAUGAUUUUAUGUUUGACGAUCCACCACUCAUGGAUGAUUCUGAAGAUGACGAUGCACCACUUUCGAAGCGCGUCCCAACUAAAAUAGAAGAUGGUGAAGUGAAAGAAGAACCCUUAACUAAUGUUAAUGAUAAGCAAACUAAAGGAGGUAAAACCAAAAAAAUACGACGAAAAAAAAAAUUUGGUGAAACAAAUGAAAAUACAAGGCGAAAAGUUAAAGUUCCAAAAGAAAAACGACCUAAAGGACCUAAAGAAAAAAAAUCUAAAUUACCUCGAGAACCAAGUUUAUUUGUAUGUGAACGAUGUGGAAAAUAUUAUAAAAGUGGCAGAGAAUUAAAACAUCAUUUACGGACACAUAAUGGAGAAAAACCUUUCAAAUGUGAUCUAUGUCCUAAAGUCUAUAAAUGUCCAAGUGGAUUACGUAAACAUAAAUUAGGACACUCUGGAAUACGACCGCAUGAAUGUACAAUUUGUGGAUUAAGAUUCCCAAUAAAAUGGACCCUGGAUCGUCACGUGCUAUUACAUUCAGAUGCAUUUAAUUAUGAAUGUAGUUUUUGUGGGAAAAAAUUCAAAAAAGAAUCUUAUUUAAAGAUACAUUUACGACAGCAUACUGGUGAACGUCCUUACUCGUGUCUUGAGUGCAAUCAUUUCUUUGCAAACGAUUCAAAUUUCAUAAAACAUUUGAAAGUACGACAUGGUUUAGUGCAUGUAUCAAUCGUUAACCGACACCAGUAUCCAUUCCCUCCUGAAAAUAAUAAUUAA